AAUGCUCAUGUUUUAAACACAUAAAUGUAUAAAUAUUGAGUUUGCUGCUCUAAGAUAUUUUUAUUCAUAAUAAUAUGGAUAUAAAAAGUAGUUUAGAGACUACUGGUCUCGAACGUAAUAAGCACUGAUAAACUUGGAAGGAGAAAGUGGAGGGAGGGAAGGAGGGAAGAAAGAUAAGGAGAAAUAAAGGGAGGGAGGGACCACAGAACCCCCUCGGGACAUCAUUGAAGGAAAGGCAGUUAAGGAUGAUCUUAUGGGAGGGCAGAGGGCUGUUAGACUUUUUGCCUUGAGGCUCUUGUCAAAGAGGCAGGUGAUCACACGGUCAUUUCACACUAAUAAAAGCCUCCAAUGGCAUUUUCUGGCCUCAGCAUUUGGAGCCUGUGGAUGGCAGUAGUGACUGAAUCACAUCUUUCACCAAGCACAUGGAGCGGGUACCCUAAAAGUAAGCCCUCGUCGUCAGAGAGAUACUACUGCCACUUCCAUGUCUGGGGAAAAAUACUACUUUAAUGAUACUUUAAGUCCUAUUUAGAGUAUUAUUAUUUUCUUCAGAAAAACGGCCCCUGAAGUAGUUAUAGGUAGGAACUCCAUACAGUUGGGAAGAGAGAGCAAUUCCAUUUAUGGAAAGUUGUUUAUAGUCAUUGAUGAGUGUGUGAGCAAGUUGCCGAAGUUGGAAAGAAGGUCACUGUGAAUUCAAGGAGCUGAUGGGACCAGGCACCAGAGCAGCAUCGAAGUAUUGUUUUAAAUAGCCAAGAAUUGGAGCAGGGGUAGUACUGGAAAAAUGGACUGAUGCAGAAGGUAUUUGUGGGGAAAUAGGAGGAAUGAUACCAGGAAUCUGUAGACCAUGGUGAAAAUGAAGGUGCAUUGGUUAUAAAAUGUUGUGAGGUGAGAUUUACAUUGGAGAUUUUAGGUAGGAGGGAAGCCAUAUGGAGUUAGGAGCAAGGAGGACUCCCCACUUACACGUCCAGUGGGAGAAGGGAUGGUAGGGGGAAAAACACACUUGGGAGGGCUACAAAGGCCCAGUGUCCCCAGAAUAAAUCAGUUAAUGAUUGGAAACAUGCAAAUGGAAGCAACUUGCAGUGAUAGUUUAUAUCCACUCAGGAUGCAGACGUAACAUGCGGGCCUUCCAAGGCUGGUUACUGUGAAACUAAUUUACCCCUUCUUCAUUAGGACCAUGCUAAUUUGGUAGAGCCUUUUAAAAGUCAAUAUGGGGUUCUGUACGAACUCUCCUGCCCCCCCCCCCCCCGGGGAAAAUGCUUGCCGGGGUUUGUCUGUUUUCACGUCUGGUGUGGCUGGACGUAACAAGAUGCAGUUUCUUGGAGGAAAUCGGAGGAAACUGAGGUUGGCAGAUGACCAGAGGAAUGCUUGCUACCCACAUAGCCUUCUGUUUUACUUGCAGCCGCCUUCUGGAAACAUAUCUUUGAUAGAAUUUGAAAACUUGGCUAUCGAUAGAGUUAAAUUGCUGAAAGCAGUUAAGAGUCUUGGUGUGAGCUAUGUGAAAGGAACCGAGCAGUACCAGAGAAAGCUGGAGGCUGAGCUUCGGAAGCUUAAGUUUUCCUACAGAGAAAACUUGGAAGAUGAAUAUGAACCCCGAAGAGGAGAUCACGUUUCUCACUUUAUUUUACACCUUGCUUACUGCCAGUCUGAAGAGCUUAGGCGCUGGUUCAUUCAACAAGAAAUGAAUCUCCUUCUAUUUCAAUUCAGUAUUUUACCCAAGGACAAAAUUCAGAGUUUCUUAAAGGAUAGCCAUUUGCAGUUUGAGGCUAUAAGUGAUGAAGAGAAGACUCUCCGAGAACAGGAUAUUGUGGCUUCAUCACACCGUUUAGGUGGGGUUCAGUUGGAGUCAGUUUAUGAGGGCCCUUUUGCUGAUGCUCUGGAUUUGUUCCGAGGAAGGAAAGUCUGUUUGGAAAAUGGCUUUGCUUAUGUACAACUCAAGGACAUUGCGGCGAUCAUCCUGAAUGAAUUUAAAACCAAACUGUCCAAGGUUUUGGCUUUAACAGCCAGGUCCUUGCCUGCUGUGCAGUCAGGUGAGAGCCUCCAGCCACUGCUCAGCCACCUCAGUCAUUCGUACACUGGUCAAGACUACAGUACACAGGCAAAUGUUGGGAAGGUUUCUUUAGAUCAGAUCGAUUCGCUUUCUACCAAAUCCUUCCCACCUUGCAUAGAUCAGCUACAUAAAGCCCUAUGGGAAAAUCACCAUCUUCGUCAUGGGGGCCUCACGCAGUACGGCCUCUUCCUGAAGGACAUUGGCCUAACCUUGGAACAGGCGUGGCAGUUCUGGAAGCAGACAUUUAUCAGAGGAAAGAUGGAUCCAGAUAAAUCUGAUAAAGGCUACUCUUACAAUAUCCGUCACAGCUUUGGAAAGGAAGGCAAGAGGACAGACUGCACACUUUACAGUUGCCUGAAGAUUAUCCUAACCAAUCCACCAAGCCAAGGGGAUUAUCAUGGGUGCCCUUUCUGGCACAGUGAUCCUCAACUGCUGAGGCAGAAGAUGCAAGUGUACAAGAUCCCUCCCUCAGGGAUCAACCAGAUUUUGGAUUUAGUAAAAGGGACACAUUACCAGGUAGCCUGUCAGAAGUUCUUCAAGAUGACACAUAAUGUAGAUGAUUGUGGCUUUUCUUUGAGUCAUCCAAACCAGUUCUUUUUUGAGAGCCAGUGGAUCCUCAGUGGAGGUAAAGACAUCAAGAAGGAAUCCAUCCAACCAGAAACGCCCCAACCCAAACCAAGUGUUCAGAGAAGCAAGGAUGCGUCAUCUGCUCUGGCCUCACUCAACUCCUCUCUGGAAAUGGAUCUGGAGGGACUAGAGGAUUACUUCAGUGAACAAUCCCUGGGCAGUUGGUAGCCUGUCUUCCUCACUAGCUUUUAUUUCCUACUUUACGAUUUUAUCUUUUUCUUUUUUGUCUGCCUUCUCCCUCCACCCGACCCUCCUUCAUCCAUCCACAUAUGCAUGAGCUUCUCGGGAAGGCAGCCUUGCAGGUAAAAACAAAGACCUCCGGUAUAUUUUGCUUUGACAAAAGAGAAGAGGAAGAAUUUCUUUUGAAAUCUAACGCUUGAAUAGUGUGAUUUAAGUCCCGUUUUAGGAGAUAAAACAGCUUUCUGGAUUGGUUACUGUCCCCUAGAAACAGUACAGCUAAGAACAACUUUUAUUUUAAUGCUUAUCACUGUAAUGUUGACCCAGGACUUUUCUGGACCAUUUUUGUUAAUAAAUAUCAAAAUGUA